UAGCGAUCGAUUAAAGCAUACAUGGCAUCAGUUACAUACCAGUGUUGUGUAAGAAUCUAUCAUGAGAUCCUUCGGUGUUUUCGUACUGUGUUCAGUGCUGUGUCUCAUCUAUGCCCAUCCCACACCGGAUGACGUGAAAGGAAAUGACCGUGUCGUGGGUGGUACCGACGCUCCACCCGGCGCAGCCCCUUACCAGGUAUCACUGCAAGGACUGUUCGGCCAUUCGUGCGGUGGUGCCAUCAUUGAUCGCGACUGGAUACUGACGGCGGCCCAUUGCGUGCAGACGUCGGUUAAGUUUACGAAAGUGUUGGUCGGCACCAAUCUGCUCAAUACCGGCGGCCAGCGCUAUGCGGUGGAGAAGUUUUACGUCCACAGUCGCUACAACAAUCCCGUCUUUCACAAUGACAUUGCGCUGGUCAGGCUGAAAUCGAUGAUCCAGUACGAUGAUCUUGUGCAACCGAUCGCGUACUCCGAGCGGGAGAUUCCCGAGAAUGCAACGCUAACGCUGACGGGAUGGGGCCGGCUUUCUGGUACCGGAGCGAUGCCGAACAAGCUGCAAACUAUCGAUCUAACGUACGUGCCGUACGAGGAAUGCAAACGGCUGCACGGGAAUAGUGAAAAUGUCGAUAUUGGACAUGUCUGCACACUGACGAAGAAGGGCGAAGGCGCAUGCAAUGGCGAUUCUGGUGGGCCACUGGUUUAUGAGGGAAAGCUUGUCGGGGUGGUUAACUUUGGCGUUCCUUGCGCCCUGGGAUAUCCAGAUGCCUACGCAAGAGUGUCGUAUUACCACGAUUGGAUUCGGACAACGAUCGCCAAUAAUCCUUGAGACGAUUUUGGGCAAUGUAUGAUGUACUUUGGUCAGCUUUGAGUAGUUUGAAUUUAAUAAAAAUAUCUUUCGAUUCAGAC